GUGACGAGGAGAUGGGGUCUUUUACUUGGGUAUUGCUGCACAACAAAGCAUUUACACACUCAGUUUGGCUUCUCUAUUCAGACCACUUUCUUUAUUUAAAAAAAAAAAAGAGAACAAAAUACUACUAUAUAAUUAUAUUUCUUUUUAAAAUAUCAUCGCUUGUCUCUAUCAUGAUCAUAUAUCAUCAGAUAGAUAUUAUUAUUAUUAUUCGAAAGACUAUAAUUUGAUCUAUUCAGGUGCCUCGACAAUCGUUUGAGAUUGUUUUUUUUUCUAUUCUUUUCUUUCUCUGUGGUCCUCUCCUCUCUGAUCCCCAAGUUAAUCUUUGAACACUUUUGUCUUUAUCAAGAUAUUGCCCCUAAUUAUGAACCUUCAUAGCGUGGCUUUUUUAAUUAUAUACUAUAAAAAAAAACUUGUAUCUCUCUCCACUUUGUUUCGUGAGUUCCUUAAUUUCUUGAAAUGUUGACAUAAAAUACGAUUCUUUAUGCUGUAUGUGUUUAUAUAUACAAUUUAUUCUUUAAUAUAUACUUGUUUCAGGAAGAGAAGACGAUCAUUUGUUCAAAAUGUUUAUUUAUUGGGUUUUUACUAACUUUUUAUUAGUUGAGUUGCUUAUCUAAUGCUAGAAUUAAUUAAGCUCUAGCAAUCUAGCACCACUUACCAUUUUUGUUUCGUUUAGAUAUCUAUCUUUAUUUAUGAAUGGUGAGUAGUGGUUGGUUUGGUUGUGAUGUUUAAUACCAGUGUGUUUAUGGUUAUUAAUAUAUAGGGGUUUAAAAGGCAGAGAGCAUAAAAAAGAGUGCAAAGAUGUUUACUUGCAUAAAUUGUACGAAAAUGGCAGACAGAGGUGAGGAUGAAGAAGAUGAAGCGCGUGGGAGCACCACUCCCAACACUAAAGAAGCCGUUAAAAGCCUAACUACACAGAUUAAAGAUAUGGCGUCGAAAUUCUCCGGUGCUCAUAAACCAAGCAAGCCAACUCCGGGCUCCUCGAGUAGCAACUUGAGGAAAGAGCAGAGAAAGUUUCCGGACUUUGACACUGCAUCAGAAAGUGUUCCAUACCCUUAUCCGGGUGGAAGCACUAGCUCCACUCCGGCUUGGGACUUACCUAGAUCCUCCUACCAUCAAUCUGGACGGCCAUUCACAUCAAUGUAUGGUGGCGAACGUGAAUCCAUCUCUGCUCAGUCUUGUGAUGUGGUACUAGAAGAUGACGAGCCAAAGGAGUGGAUGGCUCAAGUAGAGCCCGGUGUUCAUAUCACAUUCGUCUCACUUCCCAGUGGAGGGAAUGAUCUCAAACGGAUACGUUUCAGCCGGGAGGUAUUCGACAAGUGGCAGGCUCAGAGAUGGUGGGGUGAGAACUAUGACAGAAUAGUUGAGCUUUACAAUGUUCAAAGAUUUAACCGACAAGCUCUUCAAACCCCUGGUAGAUCCGAAGACCAGUCGCAGAGAGAUUCAACUUACACAAGAAUUGAUUCAGCAAGAGAAAGCAGAGACUGGACACAAAGAGACAACAACUUCAGACCACCAGGAGGCAGUGUCCCACAUCACUUUUACGGUCCACCAAUGGACGCAGCACGAAUCACCACCUCAUCGAGGGACGAACCGCCUUCCAUGAGUAAUGCUAGUGAAAUGCAAGCUGAGUGGGUUGAAGAGGACGAGCCUGGCGUCUACAUUACCAUCAGACAGUUACCAGAUGGAACCAGAGAGUUACGCCGCGUCAGAUUCAGUCGGGAACGGUUUGGUGAAGUGCAUGCCAAAACAUGGUGGGAGCAGAACAGAGCCAGGAUACAAACACAAUACCUCUAAGAGGAAAUCAAAAGAGCCCAAUAUUUAAUCUUCUUUAACACAACAAAAAAGGUAUACACAAAAUUCAGAGUUAAUUUUGUUCAUCUUCUGAAAUUUGGAAGGAAAUCAGAGUGGAAAUUGAAUCGACAAAUUGAGUUUUUUUAGAGAUUUGUAGUUCUAGCUAGUUCUCGGCGUUUUGAUAUAUAUAUAUAUAGCUAUGUAAUUUUCCUGACGAUGACAUGAGCUUUAUAUGCCUUUAUUUAUUUGUUCA